GGUGGGCGGUUAGGCCACGCGAUCACUUUGCAACGAACCACGGGCGGGGUGCACGUCGCUCACCACGACAUACGCCACCCACAACUACUAUUUCUUAUACAGUAACCUCGUUAAACACAGUGACGUAAACCGUUCUCAUACAUAGACGUAUUGUGUCGCGAGUCGUGAAAUACGUAGUGAUGCUGCAUCGAUCAGAUUGCUCAUGGACUUAUUAAAGAUAACCUUGCUGGGUGCAUUCAUUAUUCAGUGCCUGCGCUAAGCUAUGGUCAGGAUGGCGCCCUUUACAGGUAAUCAUGAGGAUUCUCAAUAAAAUUGACAACGGAAAUGUAGCAACUAUUAACAAAAACGACAACUUCAUAUACGAAGAAUCAAAUAGAGAAAGUUGGCAGAUUGCAACGCUUCAUCAAACGAACAACACUGUGGACAAUUACAAUUCAUUCAAUAUCUAUAAUAAUACAGAUAUUGUUGAUAAUAGAAUUUUGUUCACCACUGAAAAUACGGGCACAGACGUGUCCGUACAGACGGCAGUUUGUAAUCAUCAAUACCGAAUAAAUUCACAGAAUAUUGCUCCAGUAAAUACUACUAUACAGGAGGAAUAUUUAACAGCAAAAACAAAUGAAUUAUUUAAUACCACAUCUAUUGAUGGAGAGCAAUCCUUGGACCUAUCAGACACAGAAGACAUGUCGGACGACAGCGUUCCCCCAGUACCGAGAGGUAUUGUAAACCCAAACUACCCUGGUUUCCAGCAUUUAGCGCAUACUUUACAGGAAUAUUCCAUCAAUAUAGAAAGUUUUUAUCAAUCUGAAAAUGAAAUGACUGACGAUGACGUUGAUGCAGAAAUUACAGACAUUCAAAUGAAAUGCAAUGGUCAGUAUGAAGAAAUGAACAAUAACAACAGUAGCAAAGAUAUGUACAGAAAGCUAUCAGUCCUGGAAUGCCAACAUCCAUUUAGUUCGAAUAUUGAAACAAGAAUAGGAGAAGAUAUACCCGACCUUAUAAAGACUAUUACAACAAACAACAAUAACGAAGAAUUAACAAUCUGUGAUAUAACCACAUUUGAUACUGACAUAGAAAAUAAUUUCAAUACGAAAGAUAUAAUUGGCGAUUUUAACAAAGAAAUUGAAGAUGAAAUUAAGCAGUUACUUAAUUACAAUAUAAACAUUCAAGACGAUCUAGAGGAACUCCGAAAGGAUAUAAAAGACAAUUUUGAAAAACCAAUUGAAAAUACGAUUAACAAUAUCAGUGAAGUUGUUAAUGGCGUUAUAAAAAAACUAGUAAAGACUGAAGUUUGUGAUGAAAUUGAAGAUUGUAUUUCAACGACAGACUCAAAGCAGUUACCUAAAAUUAAAAAAGAAAGUGAAGUGAAUGUGAAAACAAAUGUUAAUUUAAGCAGACCUUCUUUUUUGUUACUUGAUAACAACAAUCAAAUAACAGAUGCUGUUUUAUCGGAUGGAAAAGAAGAAAUCAAUUUAAACGAAGAUGAAUAUGACACAGAAAAAUUGAGUCAAAAUGUUGAAAGUACAAUUAAGCAGUUAAGUACGGAGCUCAGAAAAAUAAUACCGAAAUUAAACGAAAUGCGUGAACGAGAUAAACUCUGGUCUGAGAGACCAAUAAUAACAGAUACAAAUUCAAACAGAAUUGUGUAUAAUUCCUCGAACAGUUUUAAAUCAAAAAAAGACCUUAGGUAUGACACUCAUUUUGAAAGUAAGCUUACCAGACCAACACAUAAAAUAAAUUACCAUCGAGAGUUAAAUAAAAAUACAACUAAAGCUCAAAAUGUAACAACAGAUCCUUCCAUAGGAAAGUCCAAUUGUAACGCUCAAAUGAACAAAUCCGUCCAACAAGAUAAUGUUAUAACUGACAGCGAUUUUGAGAGCUUUGAUGUGUACAAUAUAGAAACAGCUCUACCGAAACUAGAUAUUGACGCUAUCGAAAACCAUAUUAAGGCGGCAAAAGAAGCAGAAAGACGGAAACGCAAUGAUAGAGAAGAGAUACGAAAAAGGUUAGCAAUGGGUGUAGAAUCAGAUGAAUACUACAGUUUGGGUCAUAUAGAUCGUCCAGGAAAGAAGCCUAGUUUACAUUCACGCUUACAAAAUGGCAAGAAUUUACAAAUUUGUUUCAUGAAUGAAACAGCUUCAGAUAAUGAAUCACAGACUUCAGAUAUGGAUAGAAAUCUACAUUCCGAGACAAAAAGUUUAUCACGUUCAAGUUUAUUUAGCAAGAGUACUUUUAAUCAUCCAUAUCAGACAAGACCACUUUCUGUGAAUAUCACAAGAAAUGACAAAAUAAAUACUCAUCAUAACGGAUUCAAAUUCAAUCCAGGGUCAUUCAUAUCAAAGUCAUCGAAAUCCCGGUCUUCACAAUCUCUGAAUCACAUUGAAUUGAAAGAAUCUGACUUCUAUGCUCUGCAAUCAACUUUACAAACUGAAGCUAGGAUUGCUCUGGCACAAGCUAAGGAAAUGGCACGCAUACAAAUGGAGCAUGAACGCCGUAGUCGACCCGUAUCGCCCGUAACUGAAAUGUUAAGACGCAGUAUGGAGAAGGCAAACGUUCCUCUGGCCCCAGACCGCCGCCGCGUUUCCCGCCAAAUAUUAACCGACAUGAAUAUAGCUCAGUUGCAGGUAAUAGUGAACGAACUGCACUCCCAGAUAGAAUCUUUGAACGACACUCUCGUUAAAUUGCUGAUGGCUCGGGACGAGCUACAUAUGGGACAGGACUCGAUGCUUGUUGAUAUUGAAGAUCUCACCCGGUACCUCGGUGUUAAGGAGCAGACCAAGAAGUCCAAAGGCGUCACGACAAAAUCGGGAGUUAGGCGGCUCACCUCUCUCGUGCACAAAUAACUGCAUGUAUCUUACUUGAACGCUGAUUAUUGCGGCGCCUGCUGAUGUUAUCUGUAUAAUACAGUUUAUAUAAACAAUUUUACGCAAAUUAUAGGGACAAAUGUAACGCUAAUAGUACAAUAUUGCAUGGAACUAGAUUUGUUGUGUAUGUAUAAAUACAUAUAACAAACUUGUAUGUAAACAUAUAUGUAUAAGACGCUCUAUUGUAAAUGCGAGUUUCACUUUAGUACCAAUUUUUAUUAAACCAGUGUUAAUUUGUAAUUUGCACUUCCAUUACGUGUAGAAAAUUAUGUACUAACAAGUUAUACCUAUAUCAGACCCUAUAUCUCAAUAUCUAAUUAAAUAAAGUUUUGCAAAAUAACGUAUUGCCGUCUCAUAAUAUUCAUGACAAAAGGAAGAGAUGGCAAUAGUAUCACACUUUCAUUUAUAAUCAAAUCUCAACUUCACGAUUGAGAAAGAGGGUCUUUCAUUGUUAUAUAUUAUAUUGAUUAGUAAUUGUAUUGAUGAAAUCUCAAUUUUUGACAUUGCUAGAAAUAUACACAGAUAUAAGUCGUUUAAGUUUCUUUAAAAACAUGGUGCUACGACGUUCGCUUUUAUUUUCAGUUUUAUGCAAAGCAAGACAAGUUUUCAUGCGCUCUAAAUAUUAAUAUAUAAAUAUAAUAUUCAUGACAAUUUUUUACUUAAAUCUUCACUAUAUCGUUCCUUGCAAAUCUUUAUUGAUGUAAUUCAAUGUUAAAAGUACCGAAAGGAUACACAGGA